AUGGGCACCGAAUUGUUGCGUGCCCGCACCACGCCCCUCCUCGCCACCUCUACGAACACAACAGGUACAGGCUCGCAUCCCUCGGUCCCCUUCCCCAACGAGCGCUACCAGCCCACCUCACCAAUGAUCAAGAAACGCGAGCACCCCUAUGGCCGCGACGACCCAUACAGCGCGGACCCGUACCGCCGAGACGUUCCUAAGCGUGAGGCCCAGGAUCGCGAGAUGAGGGAGCGCGAGCGACGGCGUGAGGUCGAGAAACGUGAAACCGAGAAACGUGAAGCCGAGGCCAAGGCCAAGGCUGACGAGGCACGGGCAGCUAGAGACAAGGACCCAGAUCCGAAGAAGCGGGAACACACGCGGCCGCCAACGGUGAUCGUCGACCGCGAGAAGGGCGCCUCGUACCGCCGCAUCGGCUUCCUCGGUGAGGGCGGGUUUGCGCGGGUUUACGAGAUCGUUGAUGACGAGCAUGACCACAAGGCUGUCAAGGUCGUCAACAAGAGCAACAUUAAGACGAAGCGCAACAAGACCAAGCUCUGGGCCGAGAUCAAGCUCCAUCAGAUGCUCAAGCAUCCCAACAUUGUGCGGUUUGACGAGUGCUUUGAGGACGGCGAGAACGUGUACAUGGUGCUUGAGUUGUGCGACCACGGAUCACUCAUGGACUUGCUCCGGAGACGCAAGCGCUACACGGAGGCCGAGGCCCGAUUCUAUCUCGUCCAGCUCAUUGGUGCCUGCCAGUAUAUGCAGGACACAAACGUCAUCCACCGUGACCUCAAGCUCGGCAACCUCUUCCUCGAUAGGAACAUGAACGUCAAGGUCGGCGACUUUGGUCUCGCCGCCCUAAUUGAGAACCCAGGCGAUCGCAAGAAGACGAUCUGCGGGACGCCCAACUACAUUGCACCCGAGGUGCUGUUCGACACAGCCAACGGUCACUCGUUUGAGGUCGACGUGUGGUCAGUCGGUGUGAUCCUCUACACGCUUCUCAUUGGCAAGCCCCCAUUCCAGACAAAGGAAGUGAAGGCCAUUUACCGCCGCAUCCGCGAGAACAGAUACGAGUUCCCCGAGGACAAGGAGAUCUCCGCCUCGGCCCAGAACCUGAUCAUGUCCAUCCUCAACACCGACCCGCAGGAGCGGCCAACUCUCGAAGAGAUCCUGCAGCAUCAGUGGUUCCUCGACGGCCCCUUCCCCUCCCACGUUCCUGUAUCGUCCAACGACUCGUCUCCCGAUUUCUCUCACAUCACCGCCGCCCAGAGCAGACGUAACUUUGACAACGUCCACCGGCGCGCUACCGGACAGCCCGAGAGCACUACCCCUCCCCACCCUCCACGCGUCGACGCUCUCGGCCCAUCCAUUCUCGCACAGGAGCGCGACUUCAAGGCCGCCGUGCAGCCAGGGAGCCCGAUCUCGGCGCUCCUCAACUCGGCGCGCCAGCCGCUCGUGCAGGCACCAGCGGGUACCAGGAACAGCACGCUGCUUCGCAAGCUAACCGAGGCUGGGGCGGCGAGCACCCUCAGUCCUGUGCGCCGGGGGACAGCCGUGCGUGUUCCGACCGCCCUGGCUGGUCCUGGACCAUUGUCCCGCCCACCAGUGAUGGACAACGUCGCGGAGGAUGUCGAGGAGGAGGAAGACGAGGGCGUCGAUCCUGGGCCUGCGACACCACGGCGCCCUGUGCGCGACCGCGAACUCGCGCAGCAGAAGGCGCGCAUCGUCUCCGAGAUGGCGAGGUUGCGGAUCGCCGAAUCAGACAAGGGCUCUGACAAGGAAGCUCCAAGAAAGGCCUUUGGUGAGGCGAUGCUGCAACAGCCUUCAUCAUCCCUUCCUGUGCUCAAGCUCCCGACACGCGGAAACGGGUAUGACCGUCUCGAGCACAACCUUACUGAGGCGCUGGCAGCGUACAAGAGCCACGGUGGAUGCCGUAUUCCAGACGGCGUGAGUGUGGAGCCACCCAAGGUGUUCGUCGUAUCGUGGCUCGACUACUGCGCAAAGUACGGCAUGGGCUUUACGAUGAGCGACGGUACAGUGUCUGUGCACUUCAACGACUCGUCCUCUCUCGCACUUGCGCCGGCCAAGAAGCACGCCGAGUACAUUGACGGGCGGCGACGUGACUCGUUCGCCAUGUCCACAGCCCCCGAAGGGCUCACCAACAAGAUCUUCCUCCUUCACAAGUUCGAGGGCUACAUGCUGGCGCGGUUAUGCGGAACGUACGAGUACACGUGGGAGGAUGCCGAGCGCAAGCGCGACCUCGUCUAUGUGGAGAAGUACCUGCGGACAAAGAACGUCAUCCUCUUCCGCCUCUCUAACGGGAUCCUCCAGUUCAACUUCUACGACCACACCAAGCUCAUCCUCUCCUCUGACGGCCUCGUUGUGACCAUCAUUGACAAGAACUACGCCAGACACUGCUGGACGCUUGCCUCCAUCCUCCAGCGACAGGGCGACGGCGAGCGCGAGCGGGCCAAACUCGACCGCUACGUCACCAAGCUCGAGUAUGCGCGGUCGCUACUUGCUCGCAUGCGCGCGCACGGAGGCAUGGGUGCGACGGCCGCGCGCGUGCAGGAAAAGGAAAGAGAGAGGGAGAGGGACAGGGACAGGGAACCGCGCGAGCGUGAGCGGCAACGCGAGACGCGUCAGCCCAUCCGCGGGUAA